GUCAGUGCGGCCCCGCCGCUGCACACGGAACACCACGGCUCGCCAGGCUGCGGGGGCGCUUUACUCCUGGCACUACGGGCCGCGCGGGGCGGUUCGGGCGGCGCCGCUACACGUAGCGUUACGGGCGGGCGCCCGGCUCUCCCCCCGCGGCGGCGACCCGUCAGCUGAUGGGCGCCGGGCCGGGCCGCGCGGCAAGAUGGCGGCCGAGAUCCACUCGCGGCCGCAGAGCAGUCGGCCCGUGCUGCUCAGCAAGGUCGAGGGGCACCAGGACGUCGUGAGCGCCGCUCUCCUCAUCCCCAAGGAGGACGGCGUCAUCACCGCCAGCGAGGACAGAACAAUACGAGUAUGGCUGAAGAGAGACAGUGGGCAAUACUGGCCCAGCAUCUAUCACACUAUGUCAUCUCCAUGUUCAGCCAUGGCUUACCAUCACGACAGCAGACGAAUAUUCGUAGGUCAGGAUAAUGGAGCUAUCAUGGAGUUUCACGUUUCAGAGGACUUUAAUAAGAUGAACUUUGUGAAGACCUAUCCAGCUCAUCAGAAUCGAGUGUCUGCUAUUAUUUUCUGCUUGACGUCAGAGUGGGUUAUCAGUACAGGUCAUGACAAGUGUAUCAGCUGGAUGUGCACCAGAAGUGGGAGUAUGCUGGGGAGACAUUACUUCACUUCUUGGGCUUCAUGUCUACAAUAUGAUUAUGAAACUCGGCAUGCAUUUGUUGGUGACUGUUCUGGACAGAUCACGCUUCUGAAGCUUGAGCAGAACACAUGCUCGGUUAUCACGACACUCAAAGGGCAUGAAGGAAGUAUUACUUCCCUGUGGUGGGAUCCUGUUCAACGACUGCUCUUCUCGGGUGCCUCUGAUCACAGCAUUAUCAUGUGGGAUAUUGGUGGAAGGAAGGGGCGAACGCUGCUGCUCCAGGGCCAUCAUGACAAGGUGCAGGCUAUCUGUUAUAUCCAGCUGACACGGCAGCUGGUAUCUUGUUCAGCUGAUGGGGGAAUUGCUGUUUGGAACAUGGAUAUCAGCCGAGAAGAGGCACCUCAGUGGCUAGAAAGUGAUUCAUGUCAGAAGUGUGAACAACCUUUCUUCUGGAAUAUAAAGCAAAUGUGGGACACAAAGACUUUAGGUUUGAGACAGCAUCACUGCAGAAAAUGUGGGCAAGCAGUGUGUGGCAAGUGCAGUACCAAACGGUCGAGCUACCCUAUCAUGGGAUUUGAGUUUCAAGUCCGUGUCUGUGAUUCCUGCUUUGAGUCGAUCAAGGAUGAAGACCGUACUUCCUUGGCAACCUUUCAUGAAGGAAAACACAACAUUUCACACAUGUCCAUGGACAUCUCCAGAGGGUUAAUGGUCACCUGUGGGAGCGACCGGAUUGUGAAGAUUUGGGACAUGACACCAGUAGUUGGUUGCAGCCUUGCAACUGGCUUCUCUUCACGCUGAUCUCCCACCAGAGAGGUUUAUGCACCUUAUGUACAGCAAUAUGCACCAAAUGAAUGAAAAAGAAAUCCUUCUUAAGAAUACUACUGCAGACACUGGUUGCUUGAUUCUUCUCCUGUUGCUGUCCCAGGAUGGACAGUCACCUUUGUAGAGGACAGCUUUUCUGUUGGGCUCACCAGGAAUCUCCUUGGUGCGGAAAUGCAGAUUCACAGCCUCUUGGACUAACGUAAAAUGGCUUACCUGCAACAUGACACCUUGAAGAAAGGACCUGUUACUUGGUUUACAUGUAGUGUUGACAAUGUGCUCUCUCUGUUGAUACAUCUUGUAUAGAUACCUUGUAGCUAAAGCAUUAUCAGAGUAAAACAAGUUAGUAAAUUCAAUUUGUGCAAAUAGUAAAAUAACUUAUUCCCUCUUCCAAAAAGCAGUUCUGUAGAAAUACUUUUGAGCAGUCACUGUCUAAACUGUCUCCAAAAGGUAUAUUGGUUAUUCCUAUGGAAGGAGGAAAUACUUUAAGUGGCAGGUAGCUUCUUUCAGAUGAAAUGGUAGAGAACCUUUGAUCAUGCAAGAUUUCCUUUAUUGGCUUUCUUGUGUUUGUCUUCAAGUUCAAUUAUUAGUGAAAUCACUUUUGUGGGACACCUGUUCUGUUUAGGUAGCUGGCAAAUCUUCAGACGAUUCUAAGCUCUUAAGUAGAAUUUUAGUGUAGGUAGCAAACUUGUGUAGGUCUUAUUAAAAUGUACAGCUCAGCUACUCUAGUUUAAAGACAGGCUAUAGGUAUGAACCGUAUGCUUUGACAGCUCUAUAAUGCUGUUAGAAUGGGAAGCUAAGCAAAUCUGCCUUGUUAAGUAUAAUGGCUAAGAAAAAAUGGCCAGCUAAAGUUUAGAGACUUUUUCCUGUGGAAAGGCUGACGAUUCUUUAAUGGUAAGGAACCUGUCUCUGCUUAAGUGCAGCAUAAUUCUAAAUACUGCCUUGGUGUUGCUUAAAACUGAUAAAUACUAAGGCUUUCUAAAGCAAUAAUUACUGAGGUACAGAAAAGCUGCUUCCCACCCCACCCUGCACUUAGGUCUGUUAAUCCUGAGAUGUCUACAUUGAUCCAUUCCCAUUUCAAAGCUGAGAAGAAUGGUGAAGAGCUAGGAGGCCUUUAUGACCACGCAAUUGGCACUUACAGGGAAUAGCUAGUGAGGUAUUGCCAAUAAGUUGGUCUGCCAGUUGUAUGAAUCUUACAUUUGAACACUGUAAGGAGAACUUCUUUUGAAACUUUUGGAAAGCCAAGGCAGUAUGGCACAGAGUUUAACUUGGGAGAGUUGGGAGCUUUCUAGACUUUUCAGAAAGCAGGUGCUUACUGUGAAGACAGAAAAACUUUGAGCGGGUCACCUGGCCCAGAGUAAGUGGUGGUGCAUAACUGUCAAAGGUAACAGGCUCUCUUUGGCAGAGAACUAAAGGGUUAGACUGUUGUUACUACAGCAGCAAUGAAGUGGUGCUAUGACUGUUAGUGAACUCGAGUCCUAGUUCUGUAACUUGACAUUAAUAAUAUUCUCUGGACCAUGCUGUAGCUAAUAUGAAGAUCACAGUAUAGUUAAUACAUCGUGAUCCACUUCAAUUUUAAGCCAAAAAGCUGAUAGUCUCCAACAAGGGCAUUAGAAUCCAGAAUACAUUAGUUACUGUUAUUUUAGCUCUGGCUUUGUCUGCGUUACUGUGGGCCUUUUCAUGAAGUAUUGCUAAGAGUCUGUUAAUUUGCUAGGUUUGUUGGGCCAGUGGAAAAAAUAAACAAAUCCCUCUUUUGUGGGAAUAACAAAACUUGUAUUGCCCUCAAUUUGGGAUUUAGCACUUUUCACACUGAUUUGAUUCAUCUUGCUACUUGCUGCAUAAUUUAGGCUUUUUUGUGAAGGCUUAUUUCUAAGCUAUUGAGAGAAAAAUCAGCCUGUGUUUGGAAAAAAGUUAGAUUACUGCUCUGAAAGCCUUCACCCUUGUAAAUUGGGAAGGAAAUGGUGUUUGAAGGGGUAAGUAAGUGCUGAUAAUGCUCCACAUUUGCUUUCAAACCUCUUCCUAUCUAGCUUUGGAAGAGAAUGGAAGCCUUCUCUUCCUUGCAGUACAUGAGGCAGAACAUGGUUAUGUAGCUAGAGCUGUUCAAGAUACUGUGCUAUGGUGAGGAGCUAAGGUCAUGUGUUAAGCUGGGAGAUUGAUGUAGAUGUGGAAUGAAUAGCAUAUUUUUCAAACCAGGUGAUUUGAAACUCUUCUUACACCAAUGAUACUGAGGUGUAACUCUUUAGCAGCUAACAGUCCUGAACUUCAGCUUUUUUAGUUCUGACUAGUCAACAUGCUCCCUGCUCAGCAUGUAACUCCCUGCCCCCUUCCCUGUGAAUAUUUCCUCUGCUUCUUGACAGCCACUUAUCUUACAUUAAGGUUUGCCACUUGAUAAUAUAUUCUCUACUACAUAUUGGUAAGCCUAAUGAAUCUAUUUUCUAUAAUUGAUAUACUUAAAGAUAGUGUUGGUUUGGAUAUAACAAGAUAAUUAUGGCUGCCAAGUCAUUAGUCACUUAAGUAUACUCUUGGUGUUGAAUGAGUAAUGCUUACAAACCACUAAAGAGAUGCUGUGUUGUUUAAAACAAUUGUUUUGAAGGUGCAUACUGUCAUGAAACUGAACAUACUUCAGCUAUGUCAGGUCAAGUGUGCAGUUACUGAGGAAGCUUGAUUUGAAGCAUUACUAAUCUCGCUUGUAUAACCUCUUUAAUUGGGGCAGGGAAGGGGAGCAAAGGGUACUGAUGUGUGCAAAUUCUUACUAGUUGUAUUUCUGUACCCUGCAUAGUUAAGAGAUGCUAGAUAAAUCUGUCCCUUGCUCCCUCUUGUCUGAGGUUUUGGUUUUUUUAAUUUUGAUUACAUGUACAAUAAAAUAUUUCUUGAUAUCCA